GGGGACUUAGCGAGUGCGUCUGUGUGUGCGUAAGUGUGUGUGUGGUGUGGAUCUUUAAACAACGUCCUUCCCGAGGUCAAGGUGGGAGAUUCGGCAGUAAAUUGUGAGAUGGGAGGCAGCAGCCUGACCGACACCGGUGUUGUUCCUGAGAGGACCUGAUGUGAGCAGCUCUGCCGGGAAACGCCUGACCAUGUCCACUGGAGCCACACCAUGACUUCCCUCAACGACUCAACCGAAACCUCCCCUCCCUCCUUCCCUCUCUCUUCCUUUGAGCACAAUGUCUCCCACUUUGUCACCCAUGGCCCUUCAUACUCCCCCAUUCCCUUCUCCCCUUCCUCCUCGCUGUCGUCGCCUAACUGCACCACUUCUCUGUCGGCCUCCUCUCCUCCCUAUAACUUCUACGCGGUGCUGCUGGUGCUCCUGAUCUUCUGCGUGGUGUUCGGGAACGUGCUGGUGUGCGUGGCGGUGUCGCGGGAGCGCGCUCUGCAGACCACUACCAACUACCUCAUCGUCUCGCUGGCCGUGUCCGACCUGCUGCUGGCCACGCUGGUCAUGCCCUGGGGCGUCUACCUGGAGGUGGUGGGAGAGUGGCGCUUCAGUCUCAUCCACUGUGACAUCCUGCUCACGCUGGACGUCAUGAUGUGCACUGCCAGCAUCCUCAACCUCUGUGCCAUCAGCAUCGACAGGUACACAGCAGUGGCCAUGCCGAUGCUCUACAACACCAGAUACAGCUCCAGGAGGAGGGUGGCGGUGAUGAUUGCUGUGGUGUGGUUCCUCUCUUUUGCAAUCUCCUGCCCUUUGCUGUUUGGAUUAAACAACACAGCCAGCCGGGAAGGCACCUCAUGCAGCUUUGCCGAUCCGGCCUUCGUGGUGUACUCAUCCGUGGCCUCCUUCUACGUUCCCUUCAUCGUGACGUUGCUGGUGUAUGCGCAGAUCUGCGUGGUGCUGCGCAAGCGAGGCAGACGCACCGCCCCCCGGCGCAGACAUGGCCUGCUCACGCAAGGCGGGGCUGGGGCCGGAGACAGUCACCAACAUAGGAAGAAUAAGUGCACACAGCCAGAGGAUGUGAAGUUGUGCACUCUUAUCCUGAGGCCGGCCACCGCAGGCCCCCAGCGUAAGAAAGUGCAUCCACACCUUCGGUCGUCCCCCGGUGCUUACCUCCCUCACCACCCUCCUCCCUCCCUCUCUGUGUGUCAGACCCUGGUAAAGGAAGCGAUGGUCCACCCGCUCGAAGUGGAGCCGGGUCAGUUCCUGCCGCAGAUGGAGCAAAGCCUGGCUCCUACUCCCGCUCCACAAACCUCCUCCCAUUCGGGACGGGGCAGGAUCUCCCUGGCCAUCUCAGUCGGACCCGCCCCGAUUCUUCCCUCCACUGUGACACGAUCGGCCCUGAUGCCUCGACCCCCGACCCUCGAGGACGGCAUGAGGGGCCGUGAGGGAUGGAGGGAGCGCAGCAGAGGCAGAGAUAAAUGGGGGAUCACCAAGGAGAGGGUUAGGGGGAGGCUGUCACAGCAGAAGGAGCGGAAGGCGACGCAGAUGCUCGCUAUCGUGCUAGGCGUGUUCAUCAUCUGUUGGCUGCCUUUCUUCCUGACCCAUGUGCUGAAGGCCCACUGCAGGAGCUGCUGUAUCUCGCCCUCGCUUUACAGCGCCGUCACCUGGCUGGGCUACCUCAACAGCGCCGUCAACCCUGUCAUCUACACCACCUUCAACAUCGAGUUUCGCAAAGCCUUCAUUAAGAUCUUGCACUGCUGAGAGCUGGAGAGAUACGGAGAGCCAACUGUCAAGUUAAAAAAGCAUAAACACCUGACUUUGGUUUGAGGUUUGAGAUCAGAGGUGAGAAAGUCGAGGAGACAGUCCUCAGUGUUGAUACAAAGUAAGUGGCGGGGCAGAUGAUUUGGACCACUGAUGAGCCAGCCUCCUGAGAAAUUAUAGACAAGAAAUAUGUCAGAGAAGACUGAAAAACGACAGAAACAUGGCACAGAGGGAAUGAAAACAGGCAAAAAACGAUCAUAAAAAGAGUGUGUCUGUCAAGUGAAAGACAGCUACAAGAACACAGAGCUUGGGAUAUUUAUGAAAAAAAAAGACAUGCACUGUGUACAUAUUGUCUGAACACGGAAUAUGUGAGGACUGAACUCCCCACAGUAUACCGACUCAAAGACUCCGAGACGUGACUGUCAUUCCAAUACUUGAUUUGUUUCAGACUUGUUUUCUUGUAAUCUUAACAAAAAGCAUCUUGUUAUUUGCUUGCAUGAGCUCAUCUUUCUGAAUUUGAUGAAGUCGAUGCAAAGAAAAGAAACUUUGAGCAUAACAAAAGUUUCUGUUCACUCUCAUGCCCAAGGCUUUCUCAUGUUUUAUCAUUCAGGACAGAAAUGUUGAUUUGGUGAUUAAGCGUCAAAACAAAAAAGAGCUUUCAUGUAAUUAAAUGUGUAAACCUUUUCCUUUGAAUGAGUCUCCAUACAUGUACAAUUUGGUCCUGUAAAUAAUCAAUUUACUUGUUUAAAAUAAAUACUGUACAGGAAUAAUAAACAUUUCCUUUUUUGAUUAUUUUGUUUUCCUUGCUAGGGGUGGUGGUGGUGAAAUCCAUAGGGAUUUGUCUUGGGAACUGGAAGGUCACUGGUUCGAUCCCGGAAAGACUCUUCGGGAUCCGUGCAUAAUUGCAGCCCAAUGCUCCUAACACUAGGAUGGGUCAAAUGCAGAAUGUACAUUUCCCCUCUGUGGGACGAUUAAGGGUAUAUUCUAUUUUUCUUCUCUUAACUAUAUUCAUCCCAAAUGUUUUCUUACCUUA